CUGUGAGCUGGAAGCCCAAAUAUCUUUGCCUUCCCUCUUUAUUCUCCAGUUGUGAACUAGAAAAUUUGAACCUGUUGCAAGGUCCUGGAAAAUAUUAACAGCACCAAUGAAUGAGUUGACCCCAGCUCUCAGCUCCAGAUGACUUGCCCUGCAGUUCAGAAUGAUGUCGUCUGUUACUGAAAAUGGAGAUGCCUCUGCCAGAAAGCCGAAUGAAGAGAAAACAUAUAAAAAGACUGCAUCCUCAGCUAUUAAAGGUGCUAUCCAGCUGGGAAUUGGUUAUACUGUAGGAAAGCUUACAUCAAAACCAGACAGAGACGUCCUUAUGCAAGACUUCUACGUAGUGGAAAGUGUUUUUCUACCAAGUGAAGGAAGCAAUCUCACGCCUGCUCAUCAUUAUCCUGACUUCAGAUUUAAGACGUAUGCACCUCUUGCCUUCCGCUAUUUCAGAGAACUUUUUGGUAUCAAGCCUGAUGAUUACUUGUAUUCAAUCUGCAGCGAGCCUUUGAUUGAGUUGUCCAAUCCAGGUGCCAGUGGGUCCCUCUUUUUUGUGACUAGUGAUGAUGAGUUCAUCAUCAAAACAGUUCAGCACAAAGAGGCUGAGUUUCUUCAGAAGCUCUUACCGGGGUAUUAUAUGAAUCUGAACCAGAAUCCAAGGACUCUCCUACCCAAGUUUUACGGGCUGUACUGCGUUCAGUCAGGAGGCAUUAAUAUCAGAAUUGUUGUAAUGAACAAUGUUCUGCCACGAGCCUUGAGAAUGCAUUUCACCUAUGACUUGAAAGGCUCCACAUACAAACGGAGGGCAUCAAGAAAAGAGAGGGAGAAAUCCAACCCUACGUUCAAAGACUUGGAUUUCUUGCAAGACAUGCAUGAAGCAUUGUAUUUUGACUCUGAAACUCACAGCGCACUAAUGAAAACGCUGCAGCGGGACUGUAGAGUACUAGAAAGCUUUAAGAUCAUGGAUUAUAGUCUGCUCCUGGGAAUCCACAUACUGGACAGUAACAUGAAGGAGAAAGACGGGGAGUGUUCGCAGAGCACAUCUGAUGCGAAGCGUCCUGGAGGGCAGAAGGUUCUCUAUUCCACAGCCAUGGAGUCUAUACAGGGUCCCGGCAAGGCUGGAGACUCUGUCAUCACAGAGGCAACAAAUACAAUGGGAGGUAUUCCAGCUAAAAGCCAUAAAGGGGAAAAGUUGCUUCUAUUUAUGGGCAUUAUUGAUAUUCUGCAGUCUUAUAGGUUAAUGAAGAAGUUGGAACAUUCCUGGAAAGCUCUUGUUUAUGAUGGGGAUAGUGUUUCAGUUCACAGACCAAGCUUUUAUGCUGACAGAUUUUUGAAGUUUAUGAGUACACGAGUUUUCAAAAAAGUUCAAGCUUUAAGGACUUCCCCCUCCAAGAAACGGUGCAAUUCCAUUGCAGCCCUUAAGGCAGCAUCACAAGAGAUAGUAUCUACAGCCAGCCAAGAGUGGAAGGAUGAAAGCCAUGGCAUCCUGGCAGAAGGGCAGAGCUAUUCCAGCCUCGACGAGGAAGUGCUCAGUUCACGACACCGGCCGGACCUAGUGCCCAGUACUCCAUCGCUGUUUGAAGCAGCUUCCUUGGCAACUACAAUUUCUGCUUCUUCGUUGAAUGUAGAUCAGCCCUGUCAACGUGACGAAAGUGUGCCCUUCUCUAGCAGUAAAGGGCUGCCCUCAAGCUCUACGUUCACUCUAGAAGACAGUGCCAUCUACCUGACCUCAGAGCAGAGCACGCUGGAAAUGGAGAAUGAUAACGCUUCAGUUUUGGAUGUCUAUUUAUAAUAAAGAAUAUAUGAAGAAUAAAACUACA